AGGCUCAUGCCUGCUCGUACACUCCUGUUGCUCCCUGUUCUCCUCGUCAGCUGCCCUGGCUCAACUGUUGGAUUCCCACCACAAUGGAACGUUCCCGAAGGACUCCGAAAGCCACCAGCUCCUCUCCAGUUCACCGCAGGGCAGCGCUUGGCCUCACUUGCUCAUCGGACCGAUGCGGAUGCUUCGCACGUCAGCUUCCUGGCAUCAGGACAAACCUCCCCCUGAGCCAAGUACUGUAAAAACCGACCCCACUCCGGCUGGCCUUCCAGACAAAGCCGCAGGGACUGCCAGGCGGUCUCUCUGGCAGAGGAUUGUAGAUGAACUGAGACAUUAUUACAAUGGAUUCCACUUGCUUUGGAUUGACACGAAAGUCGCUGUUCGGAUGGUCUGGAGACUGUUACACGGGCAAAUCCUCACCAGGCGGGAGAGGCGAAGGCUGAUGAGAACAUCAGCGGAUCUUUUCCGGCUGGUUCCUUUCUUGGUGUUCAUCAUCGUACCUUUCAUGGAAUUCCUGUUACCUGUAUUUCUUAAACUCUUUCCCGAGAUGUUGCCUUCAACCUUUGAAACGCAAUCGAAAAAGGUUCGACAUAGCGGCCAACAACCCAGCACCCAGGAAAUUGUGAAGUUUUCCAAACUGUUUGAGGAUGAGCUGACGCUGGAACACUUGGAGCGGUCCCAGCUGGUCAUCCUUUGCAAACUGCUGGAGUUACAGCCCAUUGGCACCAACAACCUCCUCCGCUUCCAGCUUUUGAUGAAGCUCAGAUCCAUCAAGGCUGACGACGAGAUGAUAGCCAAGGAAGGCGUUAAUGGCUUGAGCGUGUCUGAGCUCCAGAGUGCAUGCAGAGCAAGAGGAAUGAGGUCGUUGGGCCUUACAGAGGACCAGCUCAAAGAGCAACUGAACCAGUGGCUGGAUUUGAAUCUCAAGGAAAAAGUCCCUCCUUCUUUGCUGCUGCUUUCUCGUGCCUUGUACUUGACAGACCUGAGUCCCAAACCGAUGAUGGUGAACAACACUAAGCCUCUGAAGAGUGAGGAUGCCGAAAUGGAUGAUGAUGAUGAAGUAGAAGAACAGGAGACCUUGUUGGAUUCCGCCCCCAAAGUGCAGGAAAGGAAGAAUGAAGAAUUUAUUUUGCCUCCAAAAGACAAAUUACCAGUUCCUGAAAUGUCAGUCAAGCCUCCUGUGGGAGAGACUAAAAUAGAAGCACCCCGGAGCACCAAAGCAAGUGCAAACGGCGUCUAACCGCUUUCCCACAAAAGAACUGGACCCUCAGGGAGAACACACACACAAACGCUACCCUUGCAACUUGCAAAAUGUCGGCAGCUUUCAUCGCCCAUCUCCUUCGCAGACCCAGCCCUGCAAAUUCCGUUUCUCCAGACUCGAUGGCCGUCUAUCUCAACCAGGCGAAAAACUCACUUUGUAUCCCAGGGCGAAGAUUUGCAUUCGUGAGACAUCCGUCUAACUUAUUUUGUUUUGUAAAUAUGUACAUAAUCCCACAGACUAGACCAGUUGUAAACUGAAUGCAAAACGGUUCCCGCGUAGGGUGUGUCAUUCCUUAAAACUUCUUUUGUGAUUGAUUUAAAUUUUGUAAGAAGGGGACUCCUUGCUACCCUGAGCCUUUUUUGCUAUGAGAAAUUGUAAGGAGUUGGGUUUCCCUCCCCUCAGCUGUCAAGGCCUGAAUUGAUUUACGGCCCGGUUCUUUAAAAAAUCUUAUUUUAAAAGUAGGUCACGGAAAUAGCCCUUUCCAAUUGAUCUUGCAUAAAAAUUGCACUCCCUUCUCAAACUCAAACAAGAAGAAUGGAAGAUGGACAUCAUUUUCCUCUUACUAUACGCAAAUAAAAUGGAAACCCUCCAUGGCCCAUCUGGUUUCCUCCUGUCACACGUAUACAGCAUUAUUACCGAUUGGUGAAAAGACUGCACACUCCAGUGUGUUUUCCUGUUGUUUCAAAAGGAGCAAAUGUUACACAAAACACACAGAGUUGGGACCAUAAACUUAUUUAAAUAGAGUAACGAGCAAUUAAAGUAUGGAUUUAAGUUAUCUACAACUCGCUCAGGCAGACGCUGCCAAUUAAUUAAUUUAUUAAUCCGAUUAUUUGUAAUUGUAUUGUCUUUGUUAAUUAAAUUGUGGAUGUUGAAUUAACCUGUAA